AUGCGAGGACUUCGGUAUGAGAUAACCAGAGGGGUGGACCACGAGGUGAAUCAAACCACUGAAUGGAUCCGAGCUCAGUUAAAACAUCACCCUGAAGCUGUGCUAGUGUUUACCAUUCUGGUGCUCGACUCCAAGCAACACUGGAUGGCUAUCUCUUCAUUUCUCACUAACCAAAGAGGUAUUUGCAUGCAGCAGAGUGACGACGAAGCUGAGGCUUGGGUGUAUCCUUGUGAAGUUAUCAAGGGUGUAUUCAUGGAGCUUCAUCGCGUUCGAAGUGUGGGUGCAAUGAGAUCAAAACUCGGCCGACUUACCCUUGAUGAUGCAGCAAGAAUGAUGUGGGCUGUCCUGCGGUGCCAUCAGCUAAUGAAUUCCUUUAUUGAUUUGAAAUUCACGAGACAUCCAAAGCUCUCUGGAUAUUCGUUGAGUCAUCUGUUUCGUCACAGAUUGACCCCCAAGAACUUGGACUCUAUGAAGGCACAGCUUUCUCAGUUUCAGAGGGAAAUGACCACGUUCAAUGCUAAGCUGGCCAAGAAGGAGGACAGGGGCGCUUGA